AGAAGAGAGAAAAGAGAGUUGGAGAUGGGGAGGGGGAAGAUAGAGAUCAAGAAGAUAGAGAAUCCUAACAGGCAGGUGACCUACUCCAAGAGGAGGACGGGGAUCAUGAAGAAGGCUAAGGAGCUGACGGUGCUUUGCGAUGCUGAGGUCUCGCUUAUCAUGUUCUCCAGCACCGGCAAGUUCUCCGAGUAUUGCAGCCCCCUUUCCGACACCAAGACCAUAUUUGAUCGCUACCAGCAGGUGUCAGGGAUCAACCUGUGGAGCGCCCAAUACGAGAAAAUGCAAAACACUUUGAACCAUCUGAGGGAGAUCAACCAGAACCUCCGCAGAGAAAUAAGGCAGCGGAUGGGUGAAGAUCUCGACAGUUUGGGCAUCCAUGAACUGCGCGGUCUUGAGCAAAAUUUAGAUGAGGCUUUGAAGGUUGUUCGUCACAGAAAAUACCAUGUGAUCACCACGCAGACGGAUACCUACAAGAAAAAGUUGAAGAACUCUAAUGAAGCUCACAAAAAUUUACUGCAUGAACUUGAAAUGAAGGACGAGCACCCAGUUUAUGGUUUUGUGGAUGAUGACCCUAGCAACUACGCAGGUGCACUAGCUCUUGCCAAUGGGGCUUCCCACAUGUAUGCUUUCCGUGUUCAGCCGAGCCAGCCGAAUCUCCAUCGAAUGGGGUUUGGCUCCCAUGACCUGCGCCUUGCUUGAUUUUAUUGUAGCUUAAAGACCUUACAACUUCCAGAGUGGUGUUAUAUAUUAGUAUCUUAAGCUAUGACAGUGGUAAGCCUCUCUAUCCGCUACUUGUUAUCCUUUAGGUACUUUGCAUGUGGUGCAAGGUUAUAAUUGCCUUGUGUUUCUAUUGUCUUCCUCAUGGUACUUACUGGACUGAUGAUGUCAAGUGAAAUGGAGUUGUUUGAAUCCUGACUGAAA